GCAUUUACUGCGACAGUACUUUCCGGCAGCGGUGAAACCGAGGAGAAAGCAAAGAUAGGCGUCGGAAGUAAAACAGAAAUUCGGAUUUGCACAAUUAUUUGCACAAUUAUCGCAUAAGGGAAGUGAGCUUCGUUUAUAAACCCUUUCACCUUGUAGAUGAAACUUUAUUUAGCGUUUUUUUUAAACGUGUAUCGCCCCCUUGAUGAAGUGGGAUGGCUGCAGUGCCGACUGGGCCUAGCAGCGCAUUGCCAGCAUCCCCGGCUGAAAUUAUUCCCUUCCCCGGGGAUGGGAGUGUCGAACAUGGGCAAGGGGAGCAGUCCGGCUGCGGUCGGGAGGGCUCUGUAGCCUCUGGGGCAAGACAGGAGCAGCAGGUCAGCGAGGACAAACGGUCAAGUCAGAAAAAACAGAAAAACAUGCUAUCCCAUGCUAACCCGGCUGCGCUACACCUCAAAACGCAAGCCCUGCAAGAACAGAAAAUGAACGGCUUGGUCAGUCUGUCGGAAAAUCGACCCAAAAAUCUGAGAACGUCCACGGAGUACUGUGACAACAGCAGUUUUGGAGACGACCCGAGCGACAAAAACAAUAGCGACCAUUGCUGCCAACAUGAGGACCACAGUCCGUGUUCGAAAGGCAGCCACCCUCACUUGAACAACAAUAGCAUGAACGGUAUGCUGACUAUCACAAGAACUGAGGCUAUCCAAAGCCACCCUGUAACGGGAGACAGCCCCGGUGGUAACGUUAGGAAAGGGGAAUGCGACCCCACGGAAGCCCCUCGUCCACCGAGCCAGCAGUCCCUAGACUGCGAAGGCCCCGGUGAGCCCCGGGCUGGAGUAGAGAGUGAACCCGACGCCUCAUACCAGCCGCCGGUGUCAGAACUAGCGAGGCUGGAUUUGAACUGUUGCCGAGGAGAGGAAGAGAGCCAGGGGAUUCAUUAUGUCCGCUACGAAUCCGAGUUACAGAUGCCAGGAAUCAUGAGGUUGAUCACCAAGGACUUAUCUGAGCCCUAUUCCAUUUAUACCUAUAGGUACUUCAUCCACAACUGGCCGCAGCUCUGCUUUCUGGAACUGAUUAAGACCUGCGACACCAGGUGUGUGCAAAUCAUUAUCAGGUUGAACAGAAAGCCAGCAGGCUCCGGACCUCGUAGGGCCAUGGUGGAGCARGAGUGCGUGGGGGGCAUUGUGUGCAAGCUGGACAUGCACAAGAAGAUGUUUCGUCGUGGCUACAUCGCCAUGCUGGCUGUGGACUCCAAACACCGGAGGAAAAGCAUUGGUACUAACCUAGUGAAGAAGGCCAUCUAUGCCAUGGUAGAGGGGGACUGUGAUGAGGUGGUUCUUGAGACUGAGAUCACUAACAAGUCAGCUCUGAAGCUGUAUGAGAACCUGGGUUUUGUCCGAGACAAGCGGCUCUUCAGAUAUUACCUGAACGGUGUGGAUGCGCUGAGGCUCAAACUCUGGCUCCGCUAGAGAGAGGAGGAUGACAGGUGCUGCCCUCUUACUGAACCAACUCCACAGUCUCAGUCACACACAUACACCCUUAUGCACAUGCACGCAUAUUCACAUACAUAUGCAUACACAUAGGCACACGCGCACUACCCCAUCAGACAUACACCCCUCCUUUUUUGAUCCUCGACAUCUUGGAUACUGGCUCUUUGGUCAAGGCUGCACUGAAAGGACAGACAGACAGAAAUCCCACCAAAUGUUUUUAUGACGAGACACCUGCCGCCUUAGCUGUAGGACCCUGUGAGAGGGGGGAGGGAUGUGUGAUGUGGUCUGAUGACCUUUAGCCUCUAAACUUUGACCCCCCUCAACGGAGCAGUGUGUGAGGCAUGAGGUCAAGUCAGUACCCACAAACCCCCGGAGGGCAACUCAUCACGUUGAGUCAUCUACCAGAAUGCAGGRAAGAAGAAGAAGUGGAAAAAAAAGAAUAAACGGAGGAUGAAAAUAAGGAAGUGGGGGGGGCAGACUCAAGAAAGUUUUUUUUGUGUUUCUUUUUUUAAUCUCAUGAGUCAACAGGGGGUUGGAAAAGCUAUAGUGUGUGUGUGUGUGAUUUUUGCCUAGUGGAUUUGGAAAAGUGAGUGUUCAGGCUAUUUCUUGUAUGCACGUGUAAGGGAUGUGGUUGGUGUGACUGGGUGUGAGUGUUUUGUGAAGUUGUGUAGUGCUUGGUGGGAAUCCUGAGUUAUGYGUGUUGGUGUGUGUUUCUCCCCCURUCUGUGWUUUUGUUGCCCCCUAUGGUGUGAGAUGAUCACGCCGAUGGCUUUGCUUGCUGUUCAGUUUUCACCCCCAGACAAAGAGCUGGAGCCUGUAAAGAUAUGCAUGCAUUCAUUUUAACACAAGUGGCGGGAUGAGUGUGUGUUGGAUAACACUGAGCAUUGCCCAGUUCCGAACAGAACCAUAGUCCUAACUCCUAGGCACGUGUAGAUCUGAAAGGACUGGAUAGGUGUAAGCAGUAUGGUGCAAAUUCUUCCUGGCCUAUCAGAGGGCAAGGUGGAGCUAUAACCAUUUUAGUCAUUCCUAUCCAAUCAUUUUAGAAAUAUAUGAAGUGCUUAGUGGAGGAGGGGCGGUUUUGAGAUUGGGUCUUUUUGCAGAUCAAAGCAAAUUUCCACCAAAUGCACUUCCAGCCACGAACACUUCUGAAUAACCUUUAGAAGGAGACAAUUCAGUUUAAAUUCAAAAUAGUUAUUGACAAAGGAGUCGUUUUAGGUGUGGGAGGGGAAAUUAUUCCAUUAUUGCAGUUUGUUCAUUCAGAUUCCUCCUAACUUGUAGACUCGAUCCAAGUACCACUCUGUCUUUCAAUCAAUCUUCGUCACAGUUGUCUGUCUGAAUGAACCCCACCCAGAGCACUAGAGUCCUGUUUCAGCAUGGCAAAGUGUCAGGCUGGAAUAGUAAUAUUAAAAAUGCUAGACUCCUGUUGGCUUCGCUGUGUGUUUUGAGUAUGCUCAUCUUUGGUUCACCUCUGGUAAAAGAGGGCAGAAGUAUUGUUAGCAGUUUUCCUAUCAGCAAUUUGCUGAGUUUGUUUAGACUCCUUACUAUACACUCUUACACCCGCUCACUUUCCCUUUGUGUCCAAGCCUUGUGUGCACUUCCCAGGGACCAGACUCUGAUGCAGAUCACUCCCCAGUAACAUUUUAGAUCUCCACUGUCCUCCUGGGAAAGACUAACGCACCAGGCGUUUCCUAUCCACUCGAAUUAUGGCAAAGAAAAUAUGCAUUUGUGGCUGCUUUUUUUUUUUUUUAUGGAAAAAAAUAAAUAUAUAUACAUUGUUUUUUUCUUCCCAGAGUAAAUGAACAAAGGUCAGAUGCACUUUGUUUGGCUAUUGCUGCAGUGAGCAUGUGCGUGUGAAAGAGGUACGUGUGUUUUGACAGAUUGGUGUGGAAUGGGUUCUGUUCAGACUCCCACUUCGCCCAUUCCCAUUUAAGUCCUCUACAGUAUAGUGAAGACACGGACCCCGGGCGCUAGUACUGAGCCGCAGUAGGAACUGAAGAGCUGAAUCAUGUCCUAGCAGAGACACUACUGCUCUGUACCGCUGAGCUGGGAUUGCUGUCACAAAGGCCAAGGGGGAGCAGCUAUCUGGUAUCUACCCAUGAUGUGUUCUAUGGUAUACGUUGACAUACACGAGUCAUUUUGGGCCUGGUUUGCUCAGUGUUUGCAUCUGCUUUUUUACAUCUGGUAUAAAAACAUGCGAACAGUU